AUGCGCUCUUUAAUGGGCGUAGUAGGCGGCUUGAUAUCUUACAGCCAUGAAUCACGGUCAAAGCCAACUCUAACCACAGCCGCAGCAAUGGAACGCGAGCGGCAGAGAGUGGGUGCGGCCAGCAAAACAUUCGCCUUUUUGGCUGGCACGUUGUUGGUGCUGCUGACAUAUGUCCAGCUAGCGUCCAGCUGUAACGAAAUGGUGUGUGCCAGCAUCGUGUCCAAGUGCAUGCUUACACAAAGCUGCAAGUGCGACAUGAAGAGCUGCACGUGCUGCAAGGAGUGCGCCGAAUGUCUCAGCUAUCUCUACACCGAAUGCUGCAGCUGUCUCGAGAUGUGCCCUAAACCGAACGAAACGUCCAACGAGCUGUCGAAGCAGUCACACAUCGAGGAUCUGGAGGGUUUCCCGAACCUGUACGACGUGAUAACGUCUGAGCAGGAUGCGCAAGGACGUUGGAAGGUGAUCUCAUUCCCAAUCGACAUCGAUGCCGCCCUGUACGGCCCUAAGGGAGAUGGUGCUACGAAAUACAUCGUCCAUUCAACUGAUAUGGACCUGAAGCAGAAGUACGAGGAUCCGAACAAGAUCACCGUCAACUGUACCGUCGCCUACCAGGCGCAAUGUAUGUCCUGGAACAAGUGUAAAGAAGCCUGCCGGACGAUGGGUGCCAGCAGCUACCGCUGGUUCCACGAUGGGUGUUGCGAGUGCAUCGGUCAGUACUGCCUCAACUACGGUAUCAAUGAGUCUCGAUGUCGCGACUGUCCGGAGAACAAGGAGCACGAUCUAGACGAUUUUACGCCAGAGGACGAACUCGACUAUGGUGAUAUCUUUGCGAAUGCUCCACACGAGUCAGGACAACGUGGCAAGUGCGAUAAGACGUACAAUAACGCGGCAGGAGGUCACUCUUGGAUAUCAGUCCUAGCAUCCAUUCAAAGUCGUAACGGAAGAGGGCAACUGUAUGAAGUCAACUACUGCCGAUCUCAGGCCAAGACUGUCUGUCAUUCGGAUACUCCCGAUCGUGCGGAUCGGACGCAGACCAGUGCCAGUUGUUCUUGUGCCGGGAUCGCGGUGCAUAGUGCGUUCGUUAUAGUGCCUUACAGUGCAUCCUUCUUCUGGAGGUGUGCCCCAAGUGCUGCUGAUUACAAGUUCCUUCCCAUCCCAAAAAGGAUCACCGGAGCAGGGAUGGCUCGAUUCUAUUUUGUGGUGCUAGCCGCCACAUUGGCGUUGGUAUUGGUCCUGUUGCAGGCCCCUCCUGCCCAUGCCGACGAAUUGCUGGAUGAGCUGCUGAACGAGUUUGACGAGGAUGACGAGGCGCUUCUACGGCACAUCGAAGCCAAGCAUGUCAGCAACGACUACGAAAAGGAAGAUGAGAUGGCACGUGAACUAGCAGCUCGCAUUGCAGCCGACCAUCGGGGCCAAGGAGUUGAUGAAGAUGCCACGGAUGAUCAACGAAUCCCACGUCUGAUGGACCCCUGCAAAGGUGUCCGAUGUGGAGCUGGACGUGUCUGCAGCGCUAACCUUGCUGAACAGCGCGGUGAGUGCAUCUGCAUCCCGGAAUGUCCUCCGGAGGUAGAUCCUCGACGCAAGGUUUGCACCAACCGAAACGAGACCUGGGAUUCUGCGUGUGAAGUACACCGUCAGCGUUGCUUGUGCAAUACCGGUGAUGCAGCUUGCCAGGACCAGGAACUAAGACACGUCCAUAUCGACUACUAUGGCACGUGUCGCCAGAUGCCGGAUUGCAGCGAGAACGAUUUAUCCGAUUUCCCGCGUCGCAUGCGCGAUUGGUUGUUCAACGUGAUGCACGACCUGGCUCAAAGGAACGAGCUACCUGAGGCGUACCUGGAGCUAGAGCAUGAGGCAGAGACGAACCUGACCAAACGCUGGACGAACGCGGCCAUCUGGAAAUGGUGCGAAUUGGAUGGUCAUCCCCACGACAACACCGUGUCGCUACACGAGCUUUUCCCGAUCCGGGCGCCACUGUUCGCGCUCGAACACUGCAUCGCACCGUUCCUGGAGAGCUGCGAUCCUAACCGGGACCACCGCAUAUCCUUGCAGGAGUGGGGUAAAUGCCUCGAGCUAGAGGAGGACGACCUGACGGCGCGUUGUGCCGAGAUUUCUAAGGAGGAGGACGCCGAUCUGCACGAUGCGUUCGUUUAGGUCUAAGAGGGCUCUCGGUGCCACUCGGACUCUACCCCUUAAAGGUAGAGGGCUAGGUUAAGGCUAGGUGGGCUUGGUGUUCAUGCCCACCGCUACAUGUACUCUCCCUUGUGCCCCGCACUAACCCAACUUGCUGCCGCUAAUCGGGCGUAAAGCGCACUACUAGAUCCUGCGAUACACUAACGAAGAACCAAUAAAAUGCAUCAUUCCCAUUUUUUGCGAUCGUUCAGGGCGAGCGUUUGGGAAUACACCUUACCCAGUACCCUUACCUUUCCUUAUUGUGCCACCAAA